GGCUGCUCUCUCCUUGCUUGUGUAGUGUGUGGGCUGGGGUUGGUGGAGGCUCCUAUCUUGGCCGCACUUGGUCCGCACUUGUGCUUGGGGGGCUUUUGUGUCCGGCUUUUGCUUUGCUUUGUGUGUGCGAGUUUUUGCUUUGCUCCGCGGCGCUCCUCCUGGGCGGGAGCCGUGAGGCUCGAAGGCGGCAGCGCGGUCCCCCCCCCACCCCGGGCAAAGAGCGAGCGCGCCGGCGUGAGCUGCGGGUGUGAGGUCUGCGGGGAAGGGGAUUCGCCGCGGAGAUGCCGGAGUUCCUCGAAGACCCCUCGGUCCUGACGAAAGAGAAGUUGAAGAGUGAGUUGGUCGCCAACAAUGUGACGCUCCCGAUCGGGGAGCAGCGCAAAGACGUAUACGUGCAGCUCUACCUGCAGCACCUCACGGCGCGCAACCGGCCGCCGCUCGCCGCCGGCGCCAACAGCAAGGGGCCCCCGGACUUCUCCAGCGACGAGGAGCGCGAGCCCACCCCGGUCCUCGGCUCCGGGGCCGCCGUCCCAGGCCGCAGCCGGGCCGCAGUCGGCAGGAAAGCCACCAAGAAAACUGAUAAACCCAGACUAGAAGAUAAAGAUGAUCUAGAUGUAACAGAGCUCACUAAUGAAGAACUUCUGGAUCAGCUUGUGAAAUACGGAGUGAAUCCUGGUCCUAUUGUGGGAACAACCAGGAAGCUGUAUGAGAAAAAACUGUUGAAACUGAGGGAACAGGGAGCAGAGUCAAGAUCAUCUACUCCUCUGCCAACAAUUUCUUCAUCAGCAGAAAAUACAAGACAGAAUGGAAGUAAUGACUCUGACAGAUACAGUGACAACGAGGAAGACUCUAAAAUAGAGCUCAAGCUUGAGAAGAGAGAACCACUAAAGGGCAGAGCAAAGACUCCAGUAACACUCAAGCAAAGAAGAGUUGAACACAAUCAGAGCUAUUCUCAAGCUGGAAUAACUGAGACUGAAUGGACAAGUGGAUCUUCAAAAGGCGGACCUCUGCAGGCAUUAACUAGGGAAUCCACAAGAGGGUCAAGAAGAACUCCAAGGAAAAGGGUGGAAACUUCAGAACAUUUUCGUAUAGAUGGUGCAAUAAUUUCAGAGAGUACUCCCAUAGCUGAAACUAUAAUGGCUUCAAGCAACGAAACCUUAGUUGUCAAUAGGGUGACUGGAAAUUUCAAGCAUGCAGCUCCUAUUCUGCCAAUCACUGAAUUCUCAGACAUACCCAGAAGAACACCAAAGAAACCAUUGACAAGAGCUGAAGUGGGAGAAAAAACAGAGGAAAGAAGAAUAGAAAGGGAUAUUCUUAAGGAAAUGUUUCCCUUUGAAGCAUCUACACCAACAGGAAUUAGUGCUAGUUGCCGCAGACCAAUCAAAGGGGCUGCAGGCCGGCCAUUAGAACUCAGUGAUUUCAGGAUGGAGGAAUCUUUUUCAUCUAAAUAUAUUCCUAAGUAUGUUCCCUUGGCAGAUGUCAAGUCAGAAAAGACAAAAAAGGGACGUUCUAUUCCCACGUGGAUAAAAAUUUUGCUGUUUGUUGUUGUGGCCAUUUUUUUGUUUUUGGUCUAUCAAGCUAUGGAAACCAACCAAGGAAAUCCAUUCACUCAAUUUUUUUCUAAUGACUCUGAAAAAUCCAUCUGAAUGAUAUCUCUUUUGGCACACUCAAUUUGGUCUCCUAUUUUUUCUAAUAACUGUAUAAACAUUUGUGUACACUUGACUCGAGAACUAAAAAUAAUGUGAUUUCACCUCAAUAAAUGUAAUAUUCCAUUGAAAAGCAAACAGGAUAUAUAAAUGGACUUCAUUUAAAUGUUUUGGACUUUGGACUAGUAGGAGAUCACUUCGUGCCAUAUGAAUAAUCUUUUUUAGCUCUGGAACUUUUUUGUAGGCUUUAUUUUUUUAAUGUGGACAUCUUAUUUCACUUUUGAGAAAAAUGUAUAUUGUUUUUGUGUAUUUGGGAAACAAGAAGGGCAAAACAUGGUAGUAUAAUGUGAAGCUACACAUUAAAUACUUUGAAUUCUUACAGAAAAGAUUUUAAGAAUUAUUCUCUGCUGUAUAAAAACUUAUAGAGAUAUGUGAAACAUGAAAUUUGGUAAGAAAAAGGGUAACUUGAGUUGUACUUUUUGUAACUGCCACAGGUUUGAUGUGUUUAUGGAGGAACAUACAGCAAUAAUCUCUUCUGUAACUUUUAUUAAUAGUAAUAUUAUUGUAGUCCUAUUGUACUCACUUUUUAAAAGAUUUCUAGUAUCAUGAAUGUCCUACUUCAGUAAGACCCAUUUAAAUGCUGUUGAUAUUUUAGCAGGGAUCUCUAGUGCAGCAUAUACGUGUUUUAGAGAAUUGUUAGCUGGCUGUACAUGUUUUUAGAAACUGUUUAGCUAGCUAUAAGGCUGUAAUUGGAAACUUGUACUUUUUAUUUACAGCAAAACACUUAUUCUGUCAAUCCAAUUUGCUACCAAAAUAUUUUUUAGAUAAAUAAGUGUGUGUCUGUUUAGAAGUUAGAAACUUUAACCACUGGUCUGAGGUUCCAUUUGGAUUCAUUUUUGCAUUGUCUUCUGUUACCAAAAACAAAAUUUGCCAGGUUUUUUUUGCCCUACAUUUUCCAACAGAAUUUGAUUAAAAGUACAAAAAG